GCAUUACCCUCAAGUGCCAAAUUACUAAAGGAACGGUCACAAGAAGUCAAACAGCAAUUGCAGCAACAGCAAAAUAAACGUCAAUUACCACAACCUGGAACAAAGAAGAAUGCCACAAUGAGUGUCGAUGUGAUUAAGGAUAUGAGUUUAGAUAAUAACGAUUGUAAUAAAACCUUUGAAAAUUCCAAUUCCACACAACCCGAUGAUAAACAGAUCAACUAUAAAAUGGAUGAACUUGAAAAGAAAGUCAAAAAUGAAGUUCUCAAAACUGAGGACAUUGAGAAAAAACUGAGAGAAGCUGAGCUAAGGGAAGAAGCUUUAAUAAAACGUAUCACAGAAAAAGACAAAACUGUAGCGAAAAUGACUGGGGUAAUUGAAGCAUAUGAAAAAGCCAUAGCUGAAUUAAUUGCCGAAAAGGAACAGUUAAUACAGAAUUAUGAAAAGCAAUUGGCCGAAGUAAAGGCUGAUCGUGAUUCAAAUUAUCAUCAUUUAACAUCACUGGAAACAACAUUUUCCGAUUUGCAUGUAAAAUAUGAAAAGAGCAAAGAAAUGACCUGCCAAUUAAAAGGAAACGAAGAAAACUUAAUAGCAGAAAAUCGUAAAAAUGCUGAAAAUCUGCGAUUACAGGAGCAACGAUAUGAUAAAAUGAAAAACCAUGCAAUGCAACAAUUGGAAAUAGCCAAUAAAAAACUAGAAGCUCUGGCACGAGAGCACCAAUUGGAGACAACAAAACUGAAAGCCUUACUUAAAAAAGAAGAAAUUGCGCGAUCGUCUAUGAGCGAGCAACUCGCCCAAAAAGCUAAAGAAAAUGCAGAGCUUGUUAAGAUAUGUGAUGAAUUAAUAUCGGGCCAAGGAAGUUAAAGAGAAUUACGAGGACUGGAUUUCAAUUUCUAAACAAUUGAAAUCUUUUCCGCAAUGAGAGAUGAUAUUUUUUACAUAAUUAUAAUAUAA